AUGGCUUCAGUGGCUCCGUCACCCGGCGACGAGAAACCCUCGUUUGACCUGAACCUCCAACACGGCCACAAGGACCUCGUACAGGCCGUAGCAUUCAACACGUAUGGUGACCGGUGCGCAACAGGCUCGGUAGACGGCAAGAUCCGCGUAUUCAACCGACACCGCGACGGAACCUGGCGUCUAUGCGACACCUGGAGUGCUCACGCUGGUGAGGUUCUCGAGCUCCAAUGGCUCCCAGCAACAGUGUACCCCAAUCUCCUCGCCUCCCUAGGGAUAGAAGGCUGGUUCCGUCUGUGGGCCGAAGACCCGUCAGCCGCGCCGGGACGGCGAUUCAGCGCAGGCGGGGGGGGCUCGCGGCUGACCUCGUCGGCAUCAGCGUCGGCGUCGGCGUCGGCGUCGGCGUCGGCAUCAGCAUCGGCAUCGGCAUCGGCAUCGGCACCGGCACCGGCAUCUGCAUCGGCAUCGGCGUCCCGGCCGGCCUUUGGUACGCGCGCGGGCAGCGGCAAGGCUCCCUACCGCUCCUUCAGCAUGCGACACGUCGACGACGGCGCAGCGCGGCACACGUACCUCGCCCUCCUCGCGGCCGACGGCCGGCUGACCGUCCUGGAGAACGACCAGCCCGAGAAUCUGAGCGAGUAUACGCCCGUGGACGAGUUCGCCGUGUGCGCGCGCCCCCCGCGCGGCGAGGAGGUCUCGUUCCGCGUGCGCUUCGACCCGAACCCGGAGCCGUGCUACGCCGCCCUGCGCGCCGGCGUGCCCUCCGAUGCCCUUGGCCUGGCCGUCGCGGCCAUGGACUCGCUGAGGGUCUACCGGUCCCGCGACGUCGUCACUGUCAGCUACGGCGUCCAGUCCGUCCGCAAGGAGUUCUACCUCGCCGUCGACAUCCCCGGAGGCCCCGGCGCCGACCACCGCGGCCUCAUCCGCGACGUCGCCUGGGCCCCCGGCAACAUAAGGGGUUACGACACCGUUGCUACGGCCUGCCAAGACGGCUUCGCCCGCGAUCGCCUCUGGACCGGCCAGCCCGGCCAGGUCAAGCACCAGUCUCGCCUAGUGUCCAAGCUAGGCAGCUCUAGUCGCCACCCCGUAUGGCGCGUAGGCUUCGACGACGACGGUCAUAUCCUAGGUACCACCGGCGACGACGGGAAGCUGCUGUGCUAUCGACAGACCCCCGACGGUUCCUGGGUCAAGAGUUCGGAGCUGGCCAUGGUGAAGACUAGGAUGGCGGCGCCUUGA